AUGAGUCGUAGUAAACUGAGUUCGGAGCAAUUGAAGGAGGCAGUAGCCGCAGUACUCCAUGGGGCAAAGGAAAAGAAGAGAGGUUUUUUAGAGACGGUGGAGCUCCAAAUUGGGUUGAAGGAUUAUGAUACUCAAAGAGAUAAGCGUUUUUCUGGCACCGUUAUUUUACCAAAUAUUCCCAAACAAUCCAGUAGAAUCUGUAUUUUUGGCGAUGAGAUUCACUGCGAUGAGGCAAAAGCUUUGGGCAUUGACUGUAUUGAUUUGGAGGGCAUGAAGAAGUUUAAUCGUAACAAUGCGUUGGUCAAAAAAUUGGCCAAGAAGUACGAUGCCUUUUUGGCCUCUCAAUCUAGAAUCCCUCAAAUUCCAAGAUUACUCGGUCCUGGACUCAAUAAGUCUGGUAAAUUUCCAUCACUAAUUACUCACAAUGAUAAAAUGGAGGAUAAGAUUAGGGAAGUCAAGGCUAGUAUCAAAUUUCAACUUAAGAAAGUUCUAUGUUUGGGAGUGGCCGUGGGAAACGUUGAUAUGACUCCGGAGCAAUUAAUUGCCAACAUCACCUUAUCUAUCAACUUCCUUGUGAGUUUACUGAAAAAGCAUUGGAACAAUGUAAAAUCGCUGACUAUUAAAAGUACCAUGGGUAAACCUCAAAGGAUUUACGGCUGA